CGGUGAGAAGCGAGUAAUGCAGGCAGCAGGUUGUGAUUGCAACAUUGUAUUCGUCGCUCUGCCUCUUGUGGUUCAGUGUGCGUCCAGAGAAACAACCACACACACACAUUGGAUUAAAUUACCAUAAAAGGACUGACUGCUGUCAUCAUUUUAUAAGUCUUGGGGGAACUUAGUGCGUUCUGACAGACGCCCACUUUGUGAUUACAAAUCAGAGAAGCCAGUCUAUUAACUUUGAACCUCCGCAACAAAUGGUCCUUCGAGCCGGAUAAGGUAAUUCUGAAGUGAAAAUGGAUCAGGUUCCCCCAAGUGAAGAUGUACGUCCACGCCGGCGAACAACCCAACCCAGAUGGAUGGAGGAUUAUGAAGGGUACACCCUCCCACAGGCUGCGAGCUACCCACCCCGUACCUUCGCUGCGUUAGAAGAGAUUGUCUGGAGCGGAGGAAGAGAGGGAAUUGCCGAGAUGACACCCCUCACACAGCGCUCGCUACAGCCCACUCGUUAUUCUGCUGAGUUCAGAGAGACAUCUCCCGGUCAUAUUGGAGCUGCAGCACCUGCGUAUGUGAGUACCCCACGGCCAGAUCAGGGCCCACCUGCAAUAAUGGAUGUGUUGCAGCAAAUACAAGAGGAGAACAGAAGGUUGCAGCUAAUGGUGAUGGACCUGAGAAGACAGAUGGAUGGGAGUGGUGCAACACCUCCCCGUUCACAGACCACACAGCUGUACCACCAACAACAGAGUCACUCCCCUGCCAGACGAGAGAGCACCAGGUCCCCACAGUCACAACACCCCAUGCUACAUUCACCACCUGAAACACGACAUCCACCACUAGGAGACAGGGUCGGACCACGGAUGCCACCACCGCUCUUGCAGGCCGCACCACCGCCGCCAAUAAGGGAGCUGCACCAUCUGCCUGCAGUACCAGACAGAAAUAUAGCCGAUCAUGAUUGGCCGCCGCCUCCCCCACCAGUAGCAUUCUAUGAUGAUAAUUAUGGGCGUCCAACAGAUCAGCCUACACCCGUAGGGCAACCUGCUGAUGUUGUGGAGAACCUUAGAGAACGUCUGCAGCAGUUGGAAGCACGACUGUCACCAGCCCCAUCCAUGCUGUCAGAACCACAAUAUGAUAUGGUGCCGCCAUCGGUUGCACCCCCAAGACCCCCACAACGGCUAACCUCUGAAGUGCCACUGCCGAACAGCAACGAGAAGACAUACAGGGGCCCGACGCCGUCUAUCCCCAAGUUCACACGGGGUGACCCCAGAGAAUUUUCCAGACUAAAGCUUGCCCUCGAUAAUAUUCUUCCUGCUGACGCGACAGAGAUGUUCAAGUACCAAGUGCUCUGUGACCACCUCAAGUUUGAAGAAGCUCUCCUGAUAGCUGAUUCCUAUAGUAACUCCUUAUUCCCCUACUCUGACACUAUGGCUUCCCUGACCAAACAUUAUGGUCAGCCCCACCAGCUGUCUCUUCAGCGGAUCGCAGAGCUAAUGGAAGAGCCCGCUAUCCGUGCUGGCGACACUGUAGCAUUCAGGAGGUUUGCUCUGAGAGUCCGAGCUCUAGUCGGGAUGUUGGAGCAGCUUGGUGAAGAUGGACGCAUAGAGUUAAGGUGUGGGUCUCAUGUGGCCAGAUUAACGAGGAAGCUCCCCCAGGAUCUUCGAGCCACCUUCCGUCGCCAUCUUCACUCCUGGAAGGCAGGAAUCCCAUCUUUAAUGGACUUCGCAGAGUGGCUUGAAUACGAGCUGGAAAUCCAGGAGGAUGGAGACCGGUUCGGCAAGAUAGAGGACAUCCAAAGAGGGAGAAGCUGGGCAAGGAAGGAGCAUGAUAAAGACCAUAAAGCCACUAGGAAGACCUCGAACGUGUUGCAUGGCACUGCUCAUGACACACCACCCCAAGCGGGUCAAGCUGAAGUCUUGGACUACCAAGGGGCUCCGGAGAAACCCAAAGCUUACUGCCCCUACUGCAGUAACGCGCAACACUUUCUGGACCAGUGCUUGAACUUUAAGCAAUUAACCAAGGAACAGAAGACGACCUGGGUGAAGUCCAACAAUCGUUGCUGGCGUUGUGGCCGACACCAUCAGGCCGCCCAGUGCAGGUUGAGAGUCCUAUGCAAGACGUGCAAGGGGAAGCACCUUGAGGCCUUGCAUGAGGUUAAUCUUCGGUCCGGCAGGAAUGAGACCACACCAGUGAACGGCACUGGUGCAGAGGUGAAGUCAACCACAGAUGUUUUGUACCUGGAUCGUCGUGCCGGCUGCAAUCAGGUCCUUCUAAAGAUCAGUAAAGUGCUACUGCGCAAUGGUGACCACACUUUGGAAACAUAUGCCAUAUUGGAUGAUGGCUCAGAGAGGACGAUCCUCCUCCAGGAAGCCGUCCAGAAGUUGCAGCUGCAGGGAACUCCAGAGAACCUCACCUUGAGAACAGUUCGGAAGGAUGUAAAAACCUUAAAUGGCUCAUCGGUGACGUUCAAAAUAUCUCCAACUGGUCAACCAACAAAGACAUUUACCAUUGAGAGCGCCUUUACUGCAGACGGACUAGGCCUUGCGGAACACUCUUACCCAGUGAAGAGACUCCAACGCAGAUAUAAGCACCUCAGGAUGCUCCCCCUGCAGCCAUUCACAGCGGUUCACCCACUUCUGUUGAUAGGAUCUGACUGUCCACACUUGGUGACCCCGAUCGAACCUGUCCGUCUCGGCCCACCUGGGGGCCCAGCUGCGGUAAAGACCAGGCUUGGUUGGUCGCUGCAAGGGCCAGUCAAAUCCCUCCAACAGGGCAAUCGCCCAACACAGUGUCUGUUCAUGUCCACCAUCUCCCCGGCAGCUGAACUCUUUAACCAAGUAGAGAAGCUCUGGCAACUGGACAUCUUGCCAUACAGAAAUGAGAAGCUAGUGACUAGGUCACGGAGAGACCAGGAGGCCAUGAACCUUUUAGAGGCAAAGACUAGAAGAGUGGAGGUGGAUGGGGUCCUCAGAUAUGCCACACCACUAUUGCGGGUGAGUAACAUGCCUACACUCACAGCGCAGCCUGAAGCGGUACUCGCCAGCUUACGUAGUACAGAGAAGCGCCUUAGCAGAGACCCAGAGAAGGCAGAGGCAUAUCAGGCAGAGAUUGCGAAGCUGAAGAAAGCAGGCUAUGUCUCAGAAGUUAGCCAGGAGCCGGAGAAGACCUCCAAUGAGUCGUGGUUUAUUCCCCAUCACCUGGUGACCCACAAUGGGAAGAAUCGGAUCGUGUUCAACUGUUCUUAUACUUAUAGGGAUAAGAACCUCAACGAGCUACUGCUGUCUGGUCCAAACCUGGGUGCAUCCCUUCUGGGUGUCCUACUGCGGUUCAGGGAACAUUCCAUUGCUGUCAGCAGUGACAUAAAGGGAAUGUUCCACCAGGUGAGAUUGCUGCCAGAGGACCGCCCUCUGCUGCGUUUCCUCUGGCGUGAUCUACAGAGAGACUCCCCACCUAGAGUGUACGAGUGGCAAGUCCUUCCAUUUGGGACUACUUGUUCCCCAUGCUGUGCCAUAUACGCCCUACAGAGGCAUGUACGUGAUCACACUCAACCAGGGGAUGCAGUGCGUGGGUCCAUCGAGAACCACUUCUAUGUAGACAACUGGCUACAGAGCUUCCCUACCCCAGAUAUGGCCAGAGAUGUUACAGAUCAGUUGAGAGGGCUGUUACUGGAGGGAGGCUUCGAGCUGCGACAGUGGGCCAGCAGUAGGCCAGAUGUCAUCGGUCACCUACCGAAGGAGAUCAGGUCAGAGAGCAGCGAACAGUUGUUAAACCACACCGACAUGGACCCGCAAGAACCUGCCCUGGGGCUGCGUUGGUUAUGCCACUCAGAUUCGCUGCGGUAUAAAUCACGGCUGCUGGAUAGCUCCCCUGUCACCAUGCGGAACAUCUAUAAAGUAUUGGCCAGCCAAUAUGAUCCCAUAGGGUUCCUCACGCCCUAUACUACGAGGGCCAAGGUGCUUGUUCAGCAGCUGUGGGAGAAGAAGCGGGAAUGGGAUGACCCUCUGCUGCCUGACGAGUUGCUCACGGCGUGGCAAGAAUGGGAGAACGAGUUACAGUACCUGGACUGCAUCAGUAUGCCUCGCUGCUAUGUUAGUCCAGCCAUGGAUCAUUCAGCCUACAAGCGAGAGGUCCACAUAUUCUGUGAUGCGUCUCAACGGGCGUAUGGCAGUGUGGGAUAUCUACGCACAGAAAAUGCAGAGGAGUAUGUGGAGGUGGCUUUCCUGACAGCUCGGUCCCGAGUGGCCCCCAAGCGUCAGCUCUCAAUGCCACGACUGGAGUUAUGUGCUGCACUUACGGGUGCACAGCUUGCAAACGUGCUAACUCAAGAGCUUACUUUAGAGAUAUCCAGAGUGGUCAUGUGGACAGACUCCACAACUGUUCUUUCUUGGAUCCAGUCGGACUCUUGCCGCUUUAAGGUGUUUGCAGGAACCCGUAUUGCAGAAAUUCAAGAGCUGACUGAUAGCCAUGCUUGGCGCUACGUGGAGACGUCACAAAACCCAGCAGAUGACCUCACCCGGGGAAAGUCACUGAAAGACCUAUCAGGUGAGAAUCGUUGGGCUUAUGGACCCCCGUUCCUGCGGCAGCCACCUGACCAGUGGCCAGUGCACCCAGUCACAACAAGUGAGGACAUCACUGAAGAGCUGCGAAAGCCAACGAUCUGCCUGGUUAGCACAGUAACCGGCACCCAUCAUUCCAUACCUGAUACUCAGCAGUUUAGCACAUUUGGUGAACUGGUGAAAGCCACUGCGGGGUACCUUCACGGGGCGGCUGCUGACGCUAAAGAGACUCCCACAGCAGAGGAGUUCAAGGAAGCAGAACUCAGCAUCCUGCAGUCCGCCCAAAGAGACAGCUUCCCUGAAGAAGUCCAGUGUCUGGAAGCUGGGAAACCAAUCCCUUCCUCCAGUUGCCUAAUCAUGCUGGCUCCAGAAUAUGACGCAUCAGUCCAGUUGAUACGGGUUGGAGGGCGUCUGAGGCGUUGUCAGGAACUGGAGGAUGACGUUAUCCACCCUAUAGUCCUUGACCCGAAACAUGCUGUGACUAAGCUGCUCAUCCGACAGUUUGACCAUGACUUGAAACACCCUGGGGCAGAGCGACUCUUUGCAGAGUUGAGGAGGAAGUUCUGGAUCCUUCGUGGCCGUGAGGCUAUAAGAAGAGAACAGCGCUCAUGCCCUGAGUGCCAGAGAUGGAGAGCCCAACCGGUCAACCCCAAAAUGGCGGACUUACCCCCUGCACGGCUCAGGCUACAUCAACCAGCCUUCUACUCUACGGGGAUUGACUGUUUUGGUCCGAUGCAGGUUAAAGUCGGCCGACGGAAUGAGAAACGCUGGGGCUUACUCUUUAAAUGCCUCACGACAAGAGCUGUCCAUAUUGAGGUGCUGUCCACCAUCAACACAGACUCCUUCCUGAUGGCCUUGAGGAGGUUCAUAUCCCGUCGGGGGAAACCAACAGAGCUGCUUUCGGACCAAGGCACCAAUUUCAGAGGUGGAGAUAGGGAAUUGCAAGAAGCUUUCAAAGCCCUCCAUCCUUCUCUCCAAGCACAGCUGGCAGAGUACCAGAUCAAGUUCCGCUUCAACCCACCUAGUGCCCCUCACCACGGUGGCUCCUGGGAGCGGGAAAUCAGGUCUAUCAAGGCUGCUCUGAUUGCUACCCUGGGCUCGCAAGUUGUCAGUGGAGAAGUGCUCACCACCAUCCUGAUUGAAAUCGAGGGUAUCCUCAAUUCCAAACCCCUUGGUUACGUGUCAUCUGACGUAGCAGACUUGGACCCGGUGACACCUAAUCUAUUGCUGAUGGGGCGGCCAGACCCCUCCCUACCUCAGGCAGUAUACCACGACUCAGAGCCGCUCAGCCGGCGGCAAUGGAGAGCCUGUCAGGUGCUUUCGGAUCGCUUCUGGGUGCGGUUCUUGCGCCACUACCUGCCCACACUGCAAACCCGAUCCAAGUGGCAGUCCGACACGUCCCCUCUUCAGCUGGACACCAUCGUGAUGAUCGUCGACCCUCAACUGCCCAGAGCAUCAUGGCCUGUUGGGAGAAUCAAGCAGGUGUUCCCUGGGGCCGAUGGUCUGAUUCGCACAGCGGAGGUUGAAGUUCGGGACCGCACCUAUGUCCGACCUGUGAGCCGUCUUAUCAGACUCCCUGCUAUACCAGAGGAGAAUGAACAGUGAUAGACUGGGUACGACAAAUUUGUUAGAACAAAUUUGGGGGCGGCUGUUUUGAAGGCUGUAUAGUGUAGCUGGGGACUUGGCCAGAUCCGGCCACUAGGGGCGCAAUAGCGCCAAUCGGGCUGAGUGCCACUGCAAGUAAGAAAGAGAAGAAGAGACUGACGACGGUGAGAAGCGAGUAAUGCAGGCAGCAGGUUGUGAUUGCAACAUUGUAUUCGUCGCUCUGCCUCUUGUGGUUCAGUGUGCGUCCAGAGAAACAACCACACACACACAUUGGAUUAAAUUACCAUAAAAGGACUGACUGCUGUCAUCAUUUUAUAAGUCUUGGGGGAACUUAGUGCGUUCUGACAGACGCCCACUUUGUGAUUACAAAUCAGAGAAGCCAGUCUAUUAACUUUGA